AUGGCCUCUUUUCUUCGUACUCUCACGCUAUCAGCGAGGUCAUUGACCCCGAGCAAUGCCUUGGGGGCUUUUGCGACUCGCGGCCCCUGGUCGCUUUUUACCAGCCCCGCGACGACACCCAUCUCGCGAGCGCUCGGAAACGGGUUGAUGCAGCAGACUCGAGGCAUGAAGGUCCAAAGUUCGAUAAAGAAGCGAUGCGAGCACUGCAAGGUCGUUCGAAGGAAGGCCGGCAAGCGACAUAACGGACACUUGUACAUCAUCUGCAAGGCAAACCCUCGACACAAGCAACGACAAGGUUAA